AUGACGGGCACCCCGCCGCACCGCCCGCGCCUCCCAACACCGACCCUCUCCUCCUCCCCUACGAGCCCUGUAAUCGACUACUCCCCACACACCGUCCCGUACAACGAAAGCUUCGAAAACGAACUCAUGACCGCCAUUCUACAAGCGCCGACCACCACCACACCUCCUCAGCCACGACGCCCUCUAGCCACAGACGACACGCGCAUGAUCAGCGCCUCAGACCUGCCCGUCCCGCUCAACUCACCGCUCCGCACCCACCCCUCUCCCGUCCCGGGCCUGCUACUCACGCACGAGAAGGGCUACCACACGGGCGGUAUCGGGCCGAGCGCGCACGUGGUGAAUGAGUUUGCGGCGCGGUUCAUUGCAGAGCGGAAGCUGGAGGCCGGGGACGUCGAGGGGCUGGAGAGGGCGGUGCAGAGGGAGGUGCAAAGCAAGUUGGAGGUGGUGAAAGAGAGGAUGAGGGAGCGCGAGCGCGCUUUUGACCGCAACAAGGGCGUGGAGAGGGAGUUGGGCGAUCUGAGGCUGCAGAGGCAGGCCGAGUUGCGGGUCAUGGAGAGAGUCAAGGGGAAGAGGUGA